CUUGCUCAUCCUCGACCAGUUUUUCUUCGCCCCCAGUUUAGUCGAGCCUCAAAUUACUUUCAUGUUACUCUGACAUAUUUACUAGAACAUUCUGUGACGGAGUAACAUUCCUUCAAUAUAUAGUGUCGUCGUGACUCUAAAACACCGGAAUACUGGACAGUCGUUUUAGUCAGUAAAGUUUGUUGACAACAACGGAUGUAGAAACCAGUUUACUAUUUAGAAGAUUCUCUAUCAGAGCUAGAUAUAGCGAAGAAGACCGGAAGUGACGUAGAUAACAAUGGCUACGAGAAUCCCCAUCAACAAGGACCAGUUUGGGUUCGAGGAUAAGCAAGACGACAUCUGGACUCGUAUGGAACAAGAUAUGGAGAGAAGGCGAAGAGAGUGGCAGAGCGAGAUCGACAACAUGAGUAAAGACUUCUUUCAGAUGAGGACGGACAAAGACAAAACGUUUGGAACUAUCCCGAGCAAGAUGAGCAUUCCUGGGGGCCAAGCCGACGGGAAAGCUGUGAUCGAGAAGGACCAGCAUGGCAAUCCGGUGUUCAGAGCUUCGUUCAAUGUCAACGAGUUCAAACCCGAAGAGGUGAACGUCAAAAUGGACGCCCACAAGAUCACAGUUCUGGCCAAGCACGAAGAAAAGUGCGGGGGCAAGUCGGUGAGUCGGGAGUACAGUCGCGAGCUGCAUAUCCCGAAAGAGAUCGACCCGAUGGCGAUACAGUGCAAGAUUGAUAACGACGGGAUCCUGACCGUGGAGGCGCCAUUUCCGGUUCCGGAUUACGACAAGGGAAUGUCGCCGCCUCCUUCAAAACCAACCGCCACGACAGCAUCCAUCAUUUCCGGUCCGUCCUUCCAGGGGAAUUCUUUGACCGGAAAGUCAUCAAUAUUAUCAUCCGGUCAGCCCUUGUCAAAACAGACUUUAACCGAGUCGCAAUACACCUUGCCUGGAUCGAAGACCAACACAGUGUCAUUCAGCAACUCCCCACCUCCUCCUCCUUCUUCUUCUUCUUAUCCUCCACCUCCCUCUUCUUCUUCUUAUCCUCCACCUCCCUCUUCAGCGGCUUCUCACCACAUAUCCACGGCCACGCACUUCACUAGCGGACCCAGCACUUCGUCCGUAUUUCAGCCCGCGCCUCCGUACAGCGGCACCAAGACCACGUCAUCGUCGUCCGGGGCGGCGUCGCCAGUUACUAUUCUCAAUGACAAAAUGUUCAAGAUUGAAAUCGACAUCGAGGAUUUCUGUCCGGAGGAGCUGACGGUGAAGACUCAGGACAACAAGCUCAACAUUAACGCUCGCCGGGAGAUCGUUACCGGGAACCGCAAGUCCACGAAGGAAAUCAGCCGAGAGUUCAUAAUUCCAAACAACGUGAAUCCCAUGAUGGUCAAAGCGUUCUUUACCGACGGUGGCAAGCUCGUUGUGGAAGCUCCGUUCUUGAACACGACCGACGGUAGUGGAUCGAGCUUGGCCGGUAGAUAAAAAUGGACUGGCUUCAGAGCUUGUAAUAAUGCUCGUACUGUUGUAAAAAAAAAAAAAAAGAUGUCCUGGACAUUGUUUAUUGGAAUACUUUCCAAAUUGCCUUAAAAAUAUUUUUUUAAACCACACACAGUUCAUGUACAUUCAGUGUAAAACCUAAAAGAAAAAAAAAAAGAGCGAGAAAGCGUACGAGUUAAUUCUUUUGAGAUGUCCAUUGAUAUAUCGCAACAAUUGUUUGUUUACCUAUACACGAAUUUUCAAUUUUUUUAACAGAAACUUCAUUCAUGGAACCAAGGAUUCCCCACACCCAGCUUUUGGUUCAUUGCGCACUGCCACUGGUUUGGUAUUGCCAUGAUACCACGUCAACUAAUGUUCCUACUAAUCAUUAGUCGUCUGUGUUUGCUGUUACACAUAGACAUGUUCUAGUAAAGAACGAUUCAACACUGUUGUACAGUAGUUGUACGCAAUGCGAUUUGUACACUUUUUUUUAUGCACACGUGUAAGUUGAGAACUACAUAGCUGAUGAAGUUGAUGAGUUGAUGAUGAUGAUGAUGAUGAUGGUGAUGAUCAUGACAAUUAUGAUGGUCACCGUGUGACAGUCUGUGACUUAACUAACAUCGCUGAGUCAAAUGCAAAAUUGCUCUGUUUAUUGUUUAUUGUGGGAAGGUGGUAGAUUUGAACUAUCAAAUCGGACUUAAUUUUCCAGGAACAGGACUGAGGUAUGGUAUUAUUUUUCUGAAAAAGGAGAACAUUGUCAAAUCGGACCAAGUCGUCCGAUAUGAAAAAACAGUUCUACAGACAUAUGCUGUUUCAUAAGUGCUUGUUGAUAUUUACAUUUAUAAUAUAUGUAGCUAAACACA